CACUCAGCAUUGUUUGUUUAACGCAGAAAGUCGAGUUUCUAGCAGGUAUUUCGUUCAUUUACAGUUUUUUUGUAAACCAUGAUUAAACUCUAAUAAUCAGACAAAGAGACAGUGGAGCUCUGUAGACCUGAAACUUGACUUUUGCACUUCUCAAUAUCAAUGAGAGUACACCCUUCUAUAACUGUAUAGCAGAAGUGACAACGCUAUUCUCAAAAAACAGCAGUUGAGAGUCAAGAAUCCAGAGCUAAGGCCACUCAUGACUUGCCAGUUAUAUGUGUUAUUGUGCAUCUCAAAAGAUGCAGACUAUAAAGCUUGUGGUGGUGGGUGAUGGUGAUACAGGAAAGCAAGCAUUGCUCAUGACCUAUACAGGCCACAAUGGCAAACAAAUGCCCACAGUGUUUGACAACUAUGCUGUGACAGUGAUGAUUGGUGGAGAGGCGUACACUCUGGGAAUAUUUGACACUGCAGGUCAGGAAGAUUUUGACAGACUGCGACCCCUCAGCUACCCUCAGACUGACGUCUUCCUUGUUUGUUUCUCUGUCGUAUCACUGUCAUCUUUCAAGAACGUCACAGAGAAGUGGGUGCCAGAGAUUUCACACCACUGUCCAGCGACGCCCUUCCUGUUGGUCGGGACUCAGGUGCAUUUAAGAGAUGACAGCGACACCCUGAAGAAGCUGGCCCAGAGCAAACAACAAGCUGUGACCUUCACGAGUGGAGAGAAACUGGCUCGUGAGCUGAAGGCAGUCAAAUACGUGGAGUGUUCAGCUGAGACAGAGGAAGGAUUGAAGAACGUGUUUGAUGAGGCUAUUCUUGCUGCUCUGGAGCCUCCAGAUACUAAACCCAAGAAGCACUGCAUCCUGCUAUAGAUGUCACGAGAAGAAGAGAACAAAGAGUAGACUGUGGAGGUGUAGAUUAGAGAUGAGAGAAUAUUAACACAAACAGGACUAGAGUGUUAAGUCAUAGUGAUUUAACUUCGGGUUACUCACAUCUUAAGACUGUUGCAGAAAGUCAGCUGGUAAAUCCUCUUGCUUUCAUAGCUGCCUUGAUGUGCCCAUUCAUUCAUUUUCAUUGUCCACACUGGAUUGUCCAGUCAAAUCUCCUAAUGCAACCAGCCCAAGGCUGCGGCUGAACAGCAGUACCAGCAACUACUAGAAAGCAGGCUAGGGUUAACUGCAUUAAUGAGCAGUUGAACAGGCGUACCUAAUAAAGUGGCUGCUGAAUGUAUGUAGUGUGACUUCAGUGGACUGCACAGUAGUUGGUUACACAUUCUCAGAUUGUAUAUAUUGUCUUUGUCUUUAUUAUGAUUUUCUCAAUUUCAGCGAUUAUUCAAAUAAACUGUUCACACCUCA